UUGACGUUAAUACGUCAAAAAAUUUUUUACCGUGUUCGAGUAAUAGGCUGGUUCUUAUUCUUACUGAAGUUGGGAGUAACCGAAGAAAAACGUCAAGUACCAAAGAUGUUGCAAAAAAUUUUGCAAUAUGAUAUUCAGGUCACCAAAAAGUUUGUUGAUGGUGCACUGCAACACACAGCUUUGAGGUCACUCCGCAAUCAUGCCAAGUUUCUGGAGGUGUCCUGCCAUGGGAUAGUGUGGCUUGCUGGCUGGCUUAGUUUUAUAUGGUUAUUUAAUAAUAAAGACCUGUAUCAACUACAAGUAAAUAUGUUAAUAGCUCUUAUAUUGGAUAUUGUUAUGGUAGCAGUUGUAAAAGCUUUCGUCCGAAGGCGAAGACCGGUACCUAUGAACAAGCUGUCAGCCCUCGGGCCUGACAAGUACUCGUUCCCGUCGGGGCACGCCAGCAGAUCCGUGCUAAUUGCCCUCACCCUCGUGUACUUGAGCCCCGUGUCGAUCAUAUUCUACCCGCCGCUCCUCGCGUGGGUGACGUCCGUGUGUCUGUCGAGGGUGCUGGCGGAGAGACAUUACUUCCUAGAUGUUAUCGCCGGCUGUGGCCUCGGAGUCCUAGAGGGGCUGCUAAUGGCCAUGAUUUGGUUAUCCCAGGGCACUUCUGCCAGUAUUUUGUCUUCUCUCUCCGAUGAAAAACUUGACGGAGGAGAAUAUCAUGUUUAAAACUAACUCUGGAAUGCAUUUUACCAAAGCAUCACUAACGAAAGCUACAUACCUGUGUCAUUUAAACCGAUUAUAGCUAACCAGUGUUUUUUUUUACUUGUUACUUUUAGUACAUAAUUUAACUUACUUACCUCGGUCUAAGCAAGUGAAUAGGCUAUUACUGAACCGGUGAGCUCUAUCUUAGGCCCGGUCUUCACUUUCCAUCAGGUGUGACUAGGGCCAAUCGCCGAUCAGUUUACAAUAACAAUAA